AUGCAAAAACUCAUCACGGCAAGAAGCAAGCUCAGUAGGGCAAAAGCACGGAAAACGGAACGACGGCUCACGGCAGAGGGAUGUGGAAAGCAGAACAAUGUCCUUCUUCUGGGGUUUGGCAUUGCAUUGACAUUUCUACAGUGCAUUUCCUCCAUGACAAACAUGAAAUAUAUACAAGAUCUGCUGCUGCAAACUAAGAUUAGCUCGAUGGCAAGAUCUCUGACAGUCCGAGGUUCCGUGGUGGAUGGUCCUACUGAGGUGGAUGGUCAAACUGUGGUGCCAUACAAAAGUAUCAUGAGCAUGGACUUGACAGAACAAGAGACUGAAUGGGCUCAUGCCAUCAAAGAGGCUCUGACCAGUAAAGAUUCGGAGCUUGCCAAUAAGAUUACUGAUUUUGAAUACGCUCAUGGUCCUACUGUGGUGGAUGGUCCUACUGUGGCGCAUGGUCCUACCGUUGGAUUGACUGUGGUGCACUGCGAGGAAGACUGGAGUCAAAUGAGUUGGAUUGAAGAAAUCCCAUCUCAUUGGAAAUUGGUGAUUUACGAAACCUGUGGCCAAACAAUCUCCCCCAGAUUCUCGCGUCCAUGGAAAAAUGCCGGCUCAGAAGAAUGUACAGGAUAUCUACAAACUAUGAUUGACAGGUAUGACAAUCUGUCGGACAUCAAUAUCUUUUUCCAAUCCGAUGGUCUGCUUGGGAGAGGGAGGCUAAGAAAAAAGUAUGGUAAACAGCAUUCCCCCUUCAAGACCAUCCAAGAGCUCAUCAAUGCCACCAUGGAGUACUCUCCCACAUGGAAUGGCUCACAUUUUCUCCACUAUGGCCCGAAGUCCCUGCAGCUGUUGAAUGUCAAUGCCAGGAACAGGUACACCCGAUACUAUGCCAGGCAGGUGCUAGACACGAUGCAAAUGCCAUAUCUCAAGAUCCAUGAAAAUGCCACCUCCGAUGUGAAUGCCACAAGCAGCAUGACCCGAUCUGGAGCCUGUUUUGCAGUAUCUCCCGAUCGAAUCAGGGCAAAACCUGUGGAGUUAUACAAGCAAUUACAGACUAGUAUAUACAAUGCAGCAAGGCUUGGACCAAAGAUGUCCCGAAGGCCGUGUUGUGCCAUGGAGCAGCUUUGGCAUGCAAUCCUUGGAAGCCCAUAUGUGCUUCCUACCAAUGAGACUGUGGAUCAUUUAUGGCGUGCCAAAAUGAAUUUUUACCGGGGAACAUGGGGGGAAGAACUCAAGAGGCAAAAAGAGCAAAAACAACAAUCACAGUAG